AUGUUGAGUACUAGUUGUUCUGAUCAUCACAAGAAUCAUUACAAUUCUACGUCGAGGGGGUUCUUGACCCCGCCUCCGGCAUGGAGGACAAGCUGGUGUUUGCCGCCGUUCCCCGCGUCAGAGAGGAAGCCUAGGAGGUCGCCUCCGGCGAAAGGUGAUCUCUUCCAUGUAAUUCACAAGGUCCCUUCUGGGGACUCGCCCUAUGUCAAAGCGAAGCAUGUUCAGUUGAUAGAGAAAGAUCCAAGCAAGGCCAUUUCCCUGUUUUGGGCUGCAAUAAAUUCCGGCGAUCGAGUUGAUAGUGCCCUUAAAGACAUGGCAGUUGUUAUGAAGCAAUUGGACCGGUCUGACGAGGCAAUUGAGGCCAUAAAGUCAUUCCGUCAUCUUUGUCCCCCCGAGUCUCAGGAGUCUCUUGACAAUAUACUGGUUGAACUCUAUAAGCGAUCUGGAAGGAUCGAUGAAGAGAUUGAAAUCCUUCAACAAAAACUGAAGCAGUUGGAAGAAGGGAUUGCUUUUGGUGGGAAGAGGACAAAGUUGGCUAGAUCUCAAGGGAAGAAGAUUCAAAUUACCAUUGAAAAAGAAUAUUCAAGAUUGUUAGGGAAUUUGGCCUGGGCAUACAUGCAGCAGGGAGAUUACAAAUCCGCUGAAGAGAAUUAUAGAAAAGGACUCUCUUUUGAAUCAGAUAAGAAUAAGCAGUGCAAUUUGGCUAUAUGCUUGAUGCACAUGAACAAGCUGACAGAAGCCAAAUUUCUGCUACAAACUGUAAGAAUUUCAUCUGAAAAUGAGCACGUGGAUGAAUCGUAUGCUAAAUCCUUAGAGCGUGCCACUGAAAUGCUCGCUGAGUUGGAGUCUCAGCAUGUUCUUAAGCCAAAGGAAUGGGGAAAAGAUUCUGAUUAUAGAAGAAAAAACCAUCAGUUUGGUACGGGACAAGGGGACUCAGAUUCUGCACAUAAAAUGGCACAAGACUCACCAUUUGGCGCUGGAAGAAUUCCUAAAGUUCCAUUCACACAGCCAAGAUGCUCGUGGUCAUUCGAUGGUGGAGAUCAAAGAAGAGGAUGGUCGGUAGAGGAUGCAAAUUCUGCACGCAAAAUAGCACACGACUUACCAUUUGGCACUGGAAGAAUUCCAAAAGUUCCAUUCACACAGCCAAGAUGUUCGUGGUCAUUCGAUGGUGGAGAUCAAAGAAGAGGAUGGUCGGGAGUGGAUGCAGAAGGAGGUUUUUGUCGAAAAUUGUCCUUUGAGCAAUCUACUAAUGGCGAAAAUAAGCAGUUUAUAGCAAACCAGAAUCUUGAAUCCAAUGUUCCAGAAGCAAUACCCAAAAUUUUAGGAAACCAUUCAGCAUCUGUUGAUGGAAACUGGAUAAAGAGGCCACUGGGUAAUCUUUCUAGAGUUGACAGUGAAGAAGAAUGGAAAGUUGUCGACUUUUUGGCAUAUGAUGGCCAGAAAAAAUCUUCUAUGGAGGAAUACAAUUUGCCCUUGGAAUUAGACUUUUCUGGUGAUUGUACAAACUCUAGAGAAACUUCUGAAGGGGAUCAUGGUCUGAGUUCCAAUUUCACGAAUGCAUGUAGUUUGGAACCUAAAGCAGCUAAAGGUGAUUCAGAAAAUCUAAAAUCAGCUGAACUGCAGAAAGAUUGGAAAAUAACAGAUGAAUUUUUAAAUUGUCAAAGUAAAAAUAAGAGUUGGGCUGAUAUGGUUGAGGAGGAUGAGGAAGAACUGCAAAUUUGGAGUAGUAGUUUCCGAGGAAAAGAUUGGGAUUUGACUGAUAAAGAGUUUAGUGAUGAGAAUGUGGACACCAAUAUAAUUCCCGAGAGCUCUACAUUACUGAAUCAGUAUGAGGAUUUAAGCCAGAAGACUGACACACUAGAUAUGAAAUCUGGAUACCAUACUCAACCUGAGAAUGCUGCUUCAUUAAAGAACCAAUCCGUGAAGCGUUCUCUGUGUUUUUAUCAGCAUCAGAAGCACGGCAGAGCUGAAAAACACUGUCCAUCGUCAUCUCCAAGGAAAGCUUCGAACUUUGGAGGUCAUUGCUCAAUUCCAUCAGAGAACUGCACUCCUACAAAUCGUAAAAAUUUAAUGCGGAAAAAAAGAUUACAGGUCUUCGAGGAUAUAACGUGCGAUCCUGGAAGUCCAAGACGCUGA